UAUCCUCCCCUCCAUGUCCGUGUCCAUGAUCAGGCAUUUUACCAAGCUUUGUUUCUCUUUUGCCAGGCCCAUCUUCUCCUUUGUUCACGACAUUAACAUCACUUUCACCGCCAUGGUCAGGGUUUCUUUUCUCGUGGGUAGCAUCUCUUUGGCUCUCCUCUAGAGAGAGAGAGAGAGAGAGAGAGAGAGAGAGAGAAUGUUGCAGAGAGCAGCAAGUAAUGCAUAUUCAUGGUGGUGGGCAAGCCACGUAAGGACAAAGCAGUCGAGAUGGCUGGAACAAAACCUCCAAGAUUUGGAGGAGAAGGUGAAAGAAACGCUCAAAAUCAUCGACAACGAUGGGGACUCCUUUGCACAGAGGGCAGAGAUGUACUACAGGAGGAGGCCGGAGCUAAUAAACUUCGUGGAAGAAGCGUUCCGGGCAUACAGAGCUCUAGCAGAGAGAUACGAUCACCUCUCGAAAGAACUGCAAAGUGCCAACCGCACCAUUGCCACAGUUUUCCCCGAAAGGGCUCAGUAUGCAAUGGAUGACGAUGAAGAAAAUUUCCCGGGAACAUCCUCUCCUUCGGAUGAUCCAAACAAACAGGACCGGGAUGUUGCCGCUGUCCCUAAACUAAGCAUUCCGAAAGUCCCAGACAUUCCAAAGAAGGAUUUCAGGAGCCAAUCUAUGUUAGUCUCAAGGAAAAAACCCAUUAAAAGAACUGCUAGUACUACUGCUAAAGCUGCUGCAGUUCCGAGUUCAGGACUGAGCAAAACGGAAGCAUUAGAAGAGAUCGAUAAGCUUCACAAAGAAAUCUUGGCACUUCAAACUGAAAAGGAGUUUGUACACAGCUUGUAUAAACGCAAGUAUGAAAAGUUCUGGGAAAUUGAAUGCCAAAUCACUCAAAUGCAUAAAAGAGUUUGCGAUUUGCAAGAUGAGUUUGGCGUAGGCACUGUUAUUGAAGAUGAUGAAGCUCGAACUUUGAUGGUUGCUACGGCUCUAAAUUCAUGCAAACAGACCAUGGUUAAGUUACGAGAGAAACAAGAGCAAGCAGAGGAAGAGGCAAGAGUAGAGCGGCAAAGGAUUGAGGAAGCCCAUAAGAAGUUUGGGACUCUCAAAGAUGAGUUCCUUUCCAAACGAGCAGAUUGCCUAGAGAGCAAUAGUCCAGAGUUGAAGAAUAUAGACCAAGGGAUUAAUAUGGAUGAGGAACAAGAAGGACAUGCCAUGGAAUUGCCACGGCAGACGAUUGAGGAACAGAUUGACUUGAAUUCAAAAACCUCACUCACUGUAAUGGAACUAGCAGAUAAGAUUGAUGAACUUGUAAAUAAGGUUGCUACUCUGGAAACUUGUGUCUCUACUCAGACUGCUAUGGUGAAGAGACUAAGGUCUGAAAUAGAUGAGCUUCAGGCACACAUUCGAAGCUUGGAAGAGGAAAAGGAGAGUCUGGUGGAAAGUUCAGAUGUUAUGAGCAAAAAGUUAAAAGAGAUGGAGGAGGAGUUGAGGAGAGUCAAAAAUCUUAACCAAAGUGUGGAGCACCAAAGCAACAAACUCCAGACACAUUUCACAGAAGCUAGCAGUGGCCUUGAUAAUCUUUCUGGGAAACUGAAGAUUGUGAAGCAGGAUGAGAAGGUCGAGGAUACAGAAUUGCUCCAGGAAGUGAAAGCUGUUCCUGAUGCAGAACCAGAGAAUAAGUCGGUUGAAAAUAGUGAUAAGAUGAUUCCUAGUGACGAGCCAGUGAUCUCAGAGGAGGUGAUGGCAGAAGAGGAAGAGAAGAAGGAUGAUGAGAUUUUGGCUCUCAACAAUACCAACACAGUUGAAGACGAAAACCAGCCAGACUUGAGCAAUGACCUUGGUUUGAUGCCCGAAAAACCCAAGGAACCAAUGCAGCAGGAGAAAGAUGAGAAGCAAGAUUCUCCUCCAAUAGUAGAUGGUGAUCUUGAUAUUGAGACCCGGGAAUUGGAGGUAGGGGAGAAAGAUGAGAAGCAAGAUUCUUCUCCAAUAGUAGAUGGUGAUCUUGAUAUUGAGACCCGGGAAUUAGAGGUAGAGGAGGAAGAAGAUCAACCAAUCUGGAAGAAACUGUUUGUAAAGGGGUUAGAGGACAGGGAAAAGAUUCUGCUAGAGGAGUACACUUCAGUUCUUCACAAUUUCAAGUCAGUAAGGAAGAAGCUGAGUGAGGUGGAGAAUAAAAACCGGGAUAGCAUCUUCGAACUGGGGAUGCAGAUAAGAGAACUGAAGAGUGCUAUUGUCUCAAAAGAUGAGGUGAUCCAAACUUUACUUCAGAAAUUAAGCAACCCACAAACAAGUCCAUACACUACGCCGGAGUAUAAAUACAUACAGCAGGAAAGCAAACCUCAAGCAGCUAGCUCCCAGAACUCUGAUACCGUAUCUUCAAACACGAAUCAAAAGUCACUUUCUGAUUUAUUUAGUGAACAACCAUUUGAACCCACAGGAACAAGCAAGGAAUCGCCCGCAAACUUGGAAACAACUCUCACAAAGGAGGAAGAAAAUAAUAAGUUCGAGGUAAAUCUGGAUAAUGACAAGCAUGCUACUUCGCCUGUUGAAGAGAGAGUCCGCUCAGAUAUUGAUGGACUGCUGGAGGAAAAUCUAGAGUUCUGGUUGAGGUUUAGCACAUCAGUUCAUCAGAUACAGAAGUUCCAGUCAUCAAUCCAGGAUUUGCAUGCAGAGUUAAUGGAACUAAAGCAUAAGAAGCAAGAAGGAGGUGGUAAACACCAAACAGGAAAAUCAGAUAUUCGACCAAUAUACAGACACCUGAGAGAGAUACAAACUGAACUGUCAUUAUGGAUGGAGCACAAUGCAUUGCUGAAAGAAGAACUUCAGAGUAGAUUCUCAUCCUUGUGCAACAUUCAAGAUGAGAUAUCAAGAAUAUCCAACGCAGAUUCCAGAGCAGAAAAGACAGAGCUUAGUCAAUAUAAAGCUGCAAAGUUUCAAGGCGAGGUUCUCAACAUGAAACAGGAGAACAACAAGGUUUCAGAUGAACUGCAAGCAGGCCUCAACCGUGUAAGAGCAAUGAAUGUUGAUGUUGAGAAAACAGUGGCGCAACUGGAUGAUGAACUUGGGAUUUCAGCGUCAAAGAAAUAUUACACAACUGGGGCUAGAAUUCCCUUGCGAUCUUUCUUAUUUGGGGUCAAGUUGAAGAAGCAAAGGCCAUCAAUCUUCUCGUGUGUGAAUCCAGCACUGCAGAAACAGUACAGUGAUCUAGCUGCUGGGCUGCCCACGUAGAUUAUUAGCCUUUCAGAAGUUGUACAUAUCAAAAAAUCCAAAAAAGAAGGGAAAGACGAGAUUUGUAAGCUAAAUUCUCCAAGACAUCUCAUAAACGAGAGGGAGAUCACAAGUUUAAUCCCGUUUGGAUUUUUUGUAUUGCGUUCAUCGAAAAUUAGAAAAUAAAAAAGUCGCCUCUGCACUAAACAAUUUUUAUUUUUUUAAAGGCCAUCAAAGGUCCAGAUGUUAUAACUUAUGUUUGAUUGAUUCAUUGAACAUUUCUAAUUGGAGACUUGCAGUUAUAACUCCUGCCUCCUGUAAUUAUUUGGUUGA